UCCCCCUCGGCACCUGGCACCGUCCAUCCCGGUGGCCGGACAUCCGCCAGGCCAGGCCAGGCGGGGAGGUGGCGAGGAGCUGGCACGGCGCGAAAGCACCGCGGGCACCGCAUGGGGGACCUGCCGCUGUGGCUGGCCCUGCUUGGGGCGCUGGUGGUGUCGGGCGGGCUCUGCGUUAACCAGGAGGAGCGGCUCAUCCACCACCUCUUCAAGGAGAGGGGCUACAACAAGGAUCUGCGCCCCGUCGUCUCCACCGACCAGGUCGUGGACGUCUACCUGGCCCUCACCCUCUCCAACCUCAUCUCACUGAAAGAGGUGGACGAGACGCUCACCACCAAUGUGUGGCUCGAACAAGGCUGGACCGAUUACCGCCUACAGUGGAACAAAUCCGAGUUUGGGGACAUCGAGGUGCUCCGCCUGCGGCCAGAAAUGCUGUGGCUGCCUGAGAUAGUCCUAGAGAACAAUAACGACGGGCUCUUCGAGGUCGCCUACUACUGCAACGUGCUGGUCUACAACACCGGCUACGUCUACUGGCUGCCGCCCGCCAUCUUCCGCAGCGCCUGCCCCAUCAACGUCAACUUCUUCCCCUUUGACUGGCAGAACUGCUCCCUCAAGUUCAGCUCGCUGGCGUACAACGCACAGGAGAUCAGCAUGCACCUGAAAGAGGAGAGCAACCCGGAGAUGGACAAGUAUUACCGGGUGGAGUGGAUCAUCAUCGACCCCGAAGGCUUCACAGAGAACGGUGAGUGGGAAAUCAUCCACCGCCCGGCCCGCAAGAACAUCCACCCCAGCUACCCCCCCGAGAGCAGCGAGCACCAGGACAUCACCUUCUACCUCAUCAUCAAGCGCAAGCCGCUCUUCUACGUCAUCAACAUCGUCACGCCCUGCGUCCUCAUCGCCUUCAUGGCCAUCCUCGUCUUCUACCUGCCGGCUGACAGUGGUGAGAAGAUGACCCUGGUGAUCUCGGUGCUCCUGGCCCAGUCUGUUUUCCUCCUGCUCGUCUCCCAGCGCCUGCCUGAGACCUCCCACGCCAUCCCCCUCAUUGGCAAGUACCUCCUUUUCAUCAUGCUGCUGGUGACGGCCGUGGUGGUGAUCUGCGUCGUGGUCCUCAACUUCCAUUUCCGCACCCCCAGCACCCACAUCAUGUCCGACUGGGUCAGAGAGGUGUUCCUGGAGAGCCUGCCCCGCUUGCUGCACAUGUCGCAGCCGGCGGGGAGCGCGGCGGGCGCCCCGUGUAUCCGGCGCUGCAGCUCGGCCGGCUACAUCGCCAAGGCGGAGGAGUACUACAGCGUCAAGUCCCGCAGCGAGCUCAUGUUCGAGAAGCAGUCGGAGCGGCACGGGCUCACCAGCCGCGUCACCCCUGCUCGCUUGGCACCAGCGGGCACGAGCGAGGAGCAGCUCUACGAGCACCUGAAACCCGCCGUUGACGGUGCCAACUUCAUCGUCAAGCACAUGCGGGAGAAAAACAGCUACAACGAGGAGAAGGACAACUGGAACCGUGUGGCCCGGACCCUGGACCGGCUCUGCCUGUUCCUCAUCACCCCGAUGCUGGUGGUGGGCACGCUCUGGAUCUUCCUCAUGGGCAUCUAUAACCAUCCGCCGCCGCUGCCCUUCUCUGGAGACCCCUACGACUACCGGGAGGAGAACAAGCGCUACAUAUAGGGUGGCCAGGAGGAGGGGUCCUCUCUGCUCACUCCGCUGUGGCUCGGGGAAAUAAAGCUGGGUGC